AUGUCGUCUACCAAGGUCGCUUCCAAACAGGCGGUUUAUCAAGAUGUCGACCACGAUCCCGUCACGUCUGUAUUGCCAAACGGGGAUAUCCCGUACACGGAUCAUGAGAUGGACGCGGACGAGCGGGUGAUCGUGGCCCUGGGUUACAAGCAAGAAUUCAAGCGAGAGUUCUCUUUGUGGACUACGUUCUGCGUCAGCUUUGCCGUGCUAGGGCUACUUCCCUCGUUCGCGAGCACUCUAUACUAUGGAAUGGGUUAUGCGGGAACAGCAGGCAUGGUCUGGGGGUGGAUCAUCGCCAUGAUCUUCAUUCAAUGUGUGGCAAUGGCAAUGGCUGAACUAUGUUCUGCAAUGCCGACGAGUGGUGGCUUGUACUACGCAGCGGCAGUUCUCGCACCUCCAGGAUACGGACCCUUUGCAGCCUGGCUGACAGGUUGGUCCAACUGGAUUGGCCAAAUCACAGCAGCGCCGUCGGUAGAUUUUGCAUUGGCGGCGAUGAUUCUGGCAGCUGCAUCGAUUUCCAACCCGGACUAUGUACCAACCAGCUGGCAGACCUUCCUCCUCACUACGCUGAUUAUGAUUAUCCACAGCUUCAUCAGUAGCAUGCCGACGAAAUGGGUCGCGAGGUUCAAUUCAUACGGUUCGACCUUCAACAUGAUGGCUCUCGUUGUCGUCCUCAUUGCCAUUCCUGCGGGUACGAAGAACGAACCAAAAUUCAAUCCGUCAAAAGAGGUAUGGGGCACCAUUACCAACGGGACGGAGUUUCCGGACGGCGUAGCUGUGCUCAUGACCUUUGUCGGUGUCAUCUGGACGAUGUCAGGCUACGAUUCUCCUUUCCAUCUGAGCGAGGAAUGCUCGAAUGCAAACAUCGCCUCGCCGCGUGCCAUUGUGAUGACCUCUGGGGUCGGCGGCCUCAUGGGCUGGUUUCUGCAGCUGGUAGUCGCCUACACUGUCCUCGACAUCGAGGCCGUAAUUGACUCGGAUCUCGGACAACCUUGGGCAUCGUACUUGCUACAAGUCAUGCCGCGCAAAACAGCCAUGGCCAUUCUCGGACUGACCAUUGUCUGCGGGUUUUCCAUGGGCCAAGGCUGCAUGGUAGCCGCAUCGCGAGUGACCUACGCCUACGCUCGCGACGAUUGCUUCCCCUUGUCACGGAUCUGGAAGAAGGUCAACGAGAGGACCAAGACCCCUGUCAACGCCGUUAUCCUCAACACUGUUCUGGGUAUUCUGAUGUGUCUUCUUAUUCUGGCGGGCGAUGUGGCCAUCGGAGCCUUGUUUUCCAUUGGCGCCAUUGCACAGUUUGUCGCCUUUGCCAUACCCAUUUCAAUUCGGGUGUUCUUCGUGGGGAACCGCUUCCAAAAGGGGCCAUGGCACCUGGGGCCAUUUGGUCCGGCGAUUGGAGGGCUCGGCGUCUUGUUUGUUCUGUUGAUGGUGCCCAUUUUGUGUCUUCCCAGCGUGAGAGGGGCGGAUCUGACGCCUGACCAGAUGAACUGGACUUGUCUGGUCUGGGGUGCGCCGAUGCUGACGGUGACUAUCUGGUGGGUCAUCGAUGCACGCAGGUGGUUCAAGGGUCCCAAGAUCAAUGUGGAGCAUGUUAUCCAUGGCGUGGAGGCGAUUGUGGAUGUGGGGGUGGAGGUGGAGGAUCAACGGAGCCAAAGUCAAGAUGCAGCGAGCAAGUCUUCGAAUACGUAG